AUGCUGGCCAUGGAUAGCGUCUUUUUUGUGCACUUGUUGUUUUUGGGCUAUACUGGGGCACAACCAAUCGUUGUAAACUCAGAACCACCACCCUACAGUACCUUCGAUUCACAGCGGUACUUUGUCUCGGACAUUCUGUUGUUGGCGUUGGUGAUCUCGAUUGUCUGUGCCCAUUUUUGGCGCGCUGGAAGGAGCCAAAAACAAACAGCACCAGUUAUUGGCAUUGAAUCGAAUGCUGUUCAAGCCUCUCCUGCUCCAAACAUCCCCGUCGUCCAACCACGCAAUUCAUGGACGCCAUUUUUAAGGUCCAAUUCGCUCUCAUCCACUGAACCACUAUCGCGGUCGGACACGUCAACCACGCGAGCGCUAUACAUUUCAAACCAGAACUAUCGUGCCCAGCAGAAAGUGGCGGAUUUGGAACCUGAGUCGACCGAGUUGCGGAGGUCAACGCAGUCGUUUCCUUCGACAAGAUUUUCGACAACUUCUUCUCAAACGAUGACCACUCUGAAACCACAGUGGACGCGUGAUUUGGAUGUCCCUCCUAUUCCACAAGCAGUCCAGCCUGAGAGGGAGAUAGAAGAGGUGUUGAGGGUACCGGGAGAGGAAUAUCUUCAUGGGAAGCGGCAAUAA